UGUUCGACUGGUUCGAAGGAACUCUCGUACUUAAAAAUAAACACGAGAUUAUCCAGUCGACUAUUCAUUCAGUGACGGACCUUGUCAUAGAUUGUGUAUUGUUGAUAGCUUGUGUUACCGGUAAAUUAAUUUUUGCAAAAUAGAUUCUGAUAAACAAAUUCUGGAGAAAUUUGUUCAAUUCCAUUUUUGGGGAUAGCAAUCUCUGAAACCUUCGAGUCACAAAAUAGCAGUGCAAACAUAAUCUAAGAUCGUAAACAAGUAAAUAUUGGUGGAGUUCAGAAAUAAAUGGCUGAAUCUUGGAGAGGGCCAGUGAAACAGGGCCUGUAUGACCCUCAGUUGGAGAAAGAGGCAUGUGGGGUCGGGUUCAUAGCCAGCAUCGAGGGAAUUUCUAGUCACAAAAUAGUUCGCGAUGCACAGCGACUUGCAAUUUCGAUGAACCAUCGAGGUGCCUGCGCUUGCGAUAACGAUACAGGAGAUGGAGCUGGAGUACUCACUUCUAUCCCACAUGAUUUUUAUGCUAACAAGUUGAGGGAUGAACAAAACGUGGAACUUCCACCUUUCGAUCGAUAUGCUACUGGAAUUUUUUUCAUGGACAAACUCCAUCAUCAGGAUUCCGAGGCCCAGUUUGCUCAGCUGGCAAAAGACAUAAAUCUGUCUGUUCUUGGUUGGCGUUCUGUUCCUACCGACAACUCCUUCAUAGGAACAGUAGCUAAAAAUACUGAACCGCUAAUGAGACAGGUAUUCGUUGGUCCAAAUGAUGUCGAUAUUAAAGGGGAAGAACUCGACAGAAAGAUUUUCAUCUUACGCAAACAAGCUAGUCACCAAAUUCCCGGGCCGGCAAAGAGAUUCUACAUUUGUUCACUGAACAGGAAAACUAUUGUCUAUAAGGGUCAAUUCACUUCCGACCAACUGUGGUCAUAUUUCCUCGAUUUAGCAGAUCCACUUUAUAGUGCAUAUUUGGCUCUUGUGCACACCAGAUUUUCCACCAAUACUUUUCCGAGUUGGGAAAGAGCACAUCCACUCAGGAUGUUGGCCCAUAAUGGAGAAAUUAAUACCUUGAGAGGAAAUGUGAAUUUCAUGAAAGCGAGGGAAGGGGUUAUGUCCAACAAAGAGUUUGGUGAUAAAUUGAAAUCCCUCUACCCCGUUGUGGAGCCGAAUCUAUCGGACAGUGGAUCUGCCGAUUGUGUUCUGGAAUUUUUAGUUCAUGCUGGAAAUAGGAGUCUGCCAGAAGCAGUCAUGACGAUGGUUCCAGAAGCUUGGCAGAAUGAUCCGACAAUGUCGGAGGAGAAAAAAAAUUAUUACCAUUGGGCGUCUUGCAUUAUGGAGCCGUGGGACGGACCUGCCCUGAUUUCUUUCACCGAUGGUCGUUAUAUCGGGGCUAUUUUGGACAGGAAUGGACUUCGACCAUCUAGAUUUUAUGUAACCAAAGAUAAUAUACUCAUAAUGGCCAGUGAGGUGGGUGUGUACGAUGUUGAUCCUGCCGAUGUGAUCCUGAAAAGUCGCCUGAAACCUGGCAGGAUGUUGCUGGUAGACACCACUGAAAAAAUGGUUAUUCAAGAUGUUGAAUUGAAGAGGAAAAUCGCCCAUUCUAGACCACAUGGAGAAUGGCUGAAGGAAAAGAUGAUUACUAUGGAUGAACUUCGCAAAGCUCAUUUAGAUAGCGGUCAUGCAGCUAAACCAAAGUAUGAACCCAGUGGAUUGACAGAUAAACGUUUGCCAUUAUACGGCUAUUCAACGGAAACUAUUCAUCUGCUACUCCUUCCAAUGAUCAACAACAAAAAAGAAGCGCUUGGCAGUAUGGGCAACGACGUUCCGUUGGCUUGUCUUUCCAACUUUGCACCUCUAACCUACGAAUAUUUCAAGCAACUAUUCGCGCAAGUUACCAACCCUCCCAUCGAUCCUUUCAGAGAGAAGGUCGUUAUGUCCCUUCAGUGCCCCAUCGGCCCAGAGGAAAAUAUUUUAGAGCCCAGUUCCAAACAAGUUCACAGGUUGUGGCUGAAGCAACCUGUCCUGUCUAUCGCAGACAUGGACGUGUUAGUUCAAACCAAACAUCGAGGCUGGUCUUCGCAUGUUAUUGACAUCACGUUCCCAGCAACCGAAGGAACCGUAGGUUAUCUGAAGAAACUUGAUUAUAUUUGCGAUGAGGCCAACGAAGCCAGUAAGACAAAUCAAAUUAUCGUGCUUUCCGAUAGAAAUGGUAGUUCGGAGAGGGUUCCUAUUAGCAGCUUAGUGGCAUUAGGGGCCGUCCAUCAUCAUUUAAUUGAUACGCGUUCGCGAAUGAAGGUAGCUCUGGUGGUAGAAACGGCCGAAGCGAGAGAAGUCCAUCACAUAUGCGUAAUGUUGGGAUACGGAGCUGAUGCAAUCUGUCCCUACUUGGCCCUAGAGCUGGCCUCGAGCCUUCGGGACCAAGGGAUCCUCGAUACGUCGCUGACCGACGAAGCCAUCUACCAAAAUUACGCUCAAGCGAUGCAAACCGGCAUUAGUAAAGUUAUGGCCAAGAUGGGCAUUUCGACGUUACAGUCGUACAAGGGGGCGCAGAUCUUCGAAGCGGUUGGCCUGGCCGAAGAUGUAAUCGAUAAAUGCUUCAAAGGUACCCCAUCUAGAAUAGGCGGUGUGAAUUUAGAAAUGGUGGCUCAGGAAGCUUUGGUAAGACAUCAGAACGCCUAUCAUAAUCAAGUGGACAGUUUGGUACUGAGGGAUGCUGGUAAUUACCAUUGGAGAGCAGGAGGGGAAAAACAUCUCAAUGAACCUGCUAGUAUUGCUGCUCUUCAAGAAUCUGCUAUUAAUAACAACAAGUCAGCUUAUGAAAAGUUCCGAGAAUCUACAAUGGAAUCCGUGAGGAACACCAUGCUAAGAGGUCGUUUGGAAUUGAGAACUCAAAAUGAGCCUCUUCCUCUUGACGAGGUGGAACCAGCUACCGAAAUAGUCAAAAGAUUUGCCACGGGAGCGAUGAGUUUUGGAUCCAUCAGUUUAGAGGCUCAUCAAACGCUUGCCGUAGCGAUGAACAAGGUGGGUGGUAAAAGUAAUACGGGAGAAGGCGGCGAAGACCCGGAAAGAUACCUGGAUGCCUCCAAAAGAUCCGCCAUAAAACAGGUGGCCUCCGGAAGGUUUGGCGUAACUUCUUCUUACCUCGCGCACGCAGACGAUUUACAGAUCAAGAUGGCGCAGGGUGCGAAACCUGGCGAAGGGGGUGAAUUGCCGGGAUAUAAAGUAUCGGUUGAAAUAGCUAAAACCAGACAUUCCGUGCCAGGAGUUGGCCUUAUUUCCCCACCGCCUCAUCAUGAUAUUUACUCGAUAGAAGAUUUGGCAGAAUUGAUUUACGAUCUGAAGUGCGCAAAUCCUAAGGCCCGCAUAUCUGUGAAAUUGGUGUCUGAAGUAGGAGUUGGUGUGGUUGCAUCAGGGGUUGCGAAAGGCAAAGCGGAACACAUCGUUGUGUCAGGCCACGACGGUGGCACUGGGGCCAGUUCUUGGACCGGAAUUAAAUCUGCCGGCCUUCCUUGGGAAUUGGGAAUUGCCGAAACGCACCAAGUUCUUGUAUUGAACAAUUUGAGAUCUAGAAUCGUUUUGCAAGCCGAUGGCCAAAUAAGAACAGGUUUUGACGUAGUUGUAGCGGCAAUCCUAGGUGCCGACGAAAUAGGUUUUAGUACUGCACCCCUUAUUGCGAUGGGAUGUACAAUGAUGCGUAAAUGCCAUUUGAACACCUGCCCAGUGGGAAUUGCCACUCAGGAUCCGAUCCUUAGGAAGAAAUUUACGGGCCAACCCGAGCAUGUCAUAAAUUAUAUGUUCAUGCUGGCCGAAGAAGUGAGAAACCACAUGGCUAAUCUAGGCGUUCGUUCAUUCCAAGAGUUGAUAGGCAGAACAGACCUUCUGAAGGUGUCUGAAACCGGCUCUGCCAAGUCCAAGCUGCUAAACUUGAAUUUAAUACUGCAAAACGCCAGUCACAUGCGUCCCGGAGUGAACAUUAAAGGAGGUUCCGUGGCUCAAGACUUCCAACUUGAAAACAGAUUGGACAAUAAAUUGAUCGACAUGUCCAAGGCACUGCUGGAGGGCGAGCAGAAUGCCGUUACCAUCGAGAUGAACAUCAACAACGAGUGUAGAGCGUUUGGAUCUACACUUUCUUACGAAAUAUCUAAGAUCUAUAAUGAGGACGGUUUACCAGAGGGAAAACAUAUCGAUAUACGAUUGAAGGGAUCUGCCGGUCAAAGUUUCGGUGCUUUUCUAGCCAAAGGUAUCACUAUUACCUUAGAAGGGGACGCUAAUGAUUAUGUUGGCAAGGGUCUGUCAGGAGGCACUAUAGUCAUCUAUCCGCCGAAAGUGUCACCUUUCGAAUCGCACUUAAACGUGAUAGUAGGAAAUGUAUGUCUUUACGGCGCCACAUCCGGUAGGGCCUACUUCAGGGGAAUCGCUUCUGAAAGAUUUGCAGUCCGAAAUUCCGGAGCCACUGCUGUGCUGGAAGGAGUCGGAGAUCACGCUUGCGAAUAUAUGACCGGAGGCUUCGUCCUAGUUUUGGGACUGACAGGCCGAAAUUUCGCAGCCGGUAUGUCUGGAGGAAUUGCCUAUGUUUGGGAUAUCGAUGGUAAAUUCUCCACCAGAUGCAAUCCCGAGAUGGUUGAACUUUGCAAACUUGAAGACGGCGACGAUGUCUCGUUGGUGAGGACGUUAUUGAAAGAAUUCAAAGAGCUCACUGGUAGUAUCGUGGCCGAGAAGUUACUGGAAGAUUUCGACAACAGAUUGAAAGAAUUCGUCAAAGUAUUUCCUUAUGAUUACCAGAGGGCUUUGCGGCAAAAGAUGGCCGAAGUACAAAUUACUAAUGGACUGAGUCACGAACCUAAAAUUCCCGACAUCGAGGAUGUAAUGGGCGAUCCCAAAAAAGAAAAUGUUUUGGAUAAAACGAGAGGUUUCAUGAAAUAUCCACGUGAAACCAGCGUAUAUCGUCCAGCCGAAAAACGAAUGAAAGAUUGGGACGAGAUCUACAACGUCCAGCACGUUAGGAAAGGUCUUCGGAUGCAAGCGGCAAGAUGUAUGGAAUGCGGUGUGCCGUUUUGCCAGUCCAAUUCUCACGGUUGUCCGCUCGGCAAUAUCAUUCCGAAGUGGAAUCUGCUGGUCUUUCAGAAUCAGUGGAGACAGGCAUUGAACCAACUCUUGCAGACCAACAACUUUCCCGAGUUCACGGGAAGAGUGUGUCCGGCACCAUGCGAAGCGGCCUGCGUCUUGGGCAUUUCCGAACCGGCGGUGACCAUAAAAAACAUUGAAUGUUCCAUAAUCGACCAUGCUUUCGAGAACGGAUGGAUAACACCCCAGAUCCCCGAAGUUAGAACGCAAAAGAAAGUGGCUAUUGUUGGUUCUGGCCCUGCAGGUCUUGCAUGUGCUAGCCAGUUGAACAAAGCUGGACAUAAUGUAACCGUAUUCGAGAGAAACGACAGAGUGGGAGGCUUACUCCAGUACGGUAUCCCAACCAUGAAAUUGAGUAAGGCUGUGGUGGAACGCAGGGUGGACCUGCUUAAAGCUGAGGGUAUCGUAUUCAAGACUAACGUGAACAUAGGGAAAGAUAUAUCGGCAACUGAUUUGAGCAAGGAAUAUGAAGCUGUUGUUCUUUGUACCGGAGCUACCUGGCCUAGAGAUAUACCACUUCCAGGUAGACAACUUGGCGGAAUUCAUUUCGCGAUGGAAUUUUUGGAAAAUUGGCAAAAGAAACAAUUAGGUACAAACCGUGACGGACCCGUAGCCAAAGACAAGAACGUUAUAAUUAUCGGUGGAGGCGACACUGGAUGCGAUUGCAUUGCAACUUCGCUUAGACAAGGGGCCGCUUCGAUCGUCACAUUUGAAAUACUGCCAGAACCUGGACCGAAAAGAUCCCAGGAUAAUCCCUGGCCUCAGUGGCCUAGAGUUUUUAGGGUUGAUUAUGGCCACGAAGAGGUCAAGACGAAAUUUGGAGAAGAUCCUCGCGUCUUUAGUAUUAUGACUCAGGAAUUCAUAGAUAAUGGCAAAGGACAUGUAAGUGGCAUCAAAACCAUAAAUGUUGAAUGGAAAAAAGACGACAGUGGAAGAUGGCAGAUGGUUCAAGUUCCUGGUACUGAAAGAGUAUUUCCAGCAGAUCUGGUUCUUUUAGCCAUGGGAUUCUUAGGUCCUGAAAGGGCCAUUGGAGAUCAAUUAGAAUUGACAUUGGAUGCAAGAUCUAACUUCAACACUGAAAAUUAUCGAUCCGAUGUUUCUAAUGUUUUUGCAGCUGGAGAUUGCAGAAGGGGCCAAUCUCUAGUCGUGUGGGCCAUAUCGGAAGGAAGACAAGCAGCUCGAGCUGUCGACGAGUAUUUGUCACAUAAUUCAUCCUCCUUACCUGGACCAGGAGGUAUAAUCCAACCGAAAAUCGAAAUCGUUCAAGCCUAAAACGGCCUCAAAAUUUCUUAUAGAUUUCAGUUUUAGCUUGUGAUGGUACAUAAAAAAAAUGUGAUUGAUAUCAAUCGAAAUUGUGCCAUUUUGAAUGUUGAUACCCAGCAUUGUAAAUUUGUUUUCUCGAAUACUGACAUUUGGAGAAUGUUUAGUUAGUUCUUGAGAUAUGCCUUAGUUUGGAAGACAAUAAUUCGGAAUUUUGUGACUGAAAAUUUCUAAUAACUUUGGAUUUCAAUUAUUCUAGAGUUUGAAUAGAAAAACUCAUAGAUGUGUCUAAAAAAAAAUGAAAUUGGUCGUUAAUCCUGACUAUCUUUGAGUGACAUGAUUGACUUUACCCACUCAUCGAAAAUGGCAAUUAGUACAUAAAGAUUUAUUUUUAUCUACCUCUCCUAUGUAUUGAUUUCACCAUCAAAUCCAAAAAUUGAAAUUAGUUUUGUAACGGACUAUUCAAUGUUGAUAAAACUUCUUGGUUGUGAAUCACCAUUAGCUUCAAUAUAGCAUCUAUAUUAUAUGAAAAUUAUAUUAUUGAAUAAAUAUAUUUAUUAACAAUGAAA